AGAACAGAGGACUGGAGACUAAAGACAGAUCUCUCUAGGUAUAAGUUGGUGAAAGAGCAAAUUGUUGUCCUCUCCAACACACAUUCUGCUCGCAUUGUUUUAGUCUUAAACCCAAUAGAUUGGUCUGUAUUACCCAAACGAUCAACUGAUUCUCGACUUCUCCACAGACAGACAUGGCUUUGGACCUGCGAGGGAUAUUCCAAGAGAAUAGCACCUAUAACUAUGAUGAGGACUAUGUUUAUAAAGAAGACUGCUCCUCUGAAGAUGGCGUUGGGGUACGUUUUGGCGUGGUGUUCCUCCCGAUGCUCUACUCCCUGAUGCUAGUCCUGGGGCUGCUGGGUAACGGGCUGGUCCUUGUGGUUCUGGUCCAGAAGAGGCGGAGCUGGAGCGUGACAGACACCUUCAUCCUGCACCUGGGUGUGGCCGACACCCUGCUGCUGCUCACGUUGCCCCUCUUGGCUGCUCAGGCUGCUGGGGGAUGGCGCUUUGGGACACCCCUCUGCAAGAUCACUGGAGCCAUGUUCACAAUCAACUUUUACUGUGGUAUCUUCCUGCUGGCCUGCAUCAGUCUGGACCGCUACCUGUCCGUGGUCCACGCGGUCCAGAUGUACUCUCGCAGGAAGCCCUGGAUGGUGCAGGCCAGCUGCCUGUCCGUGUGGCUCCUCUCCCUCCUCCUUUCCAUCCCCGACUGGCACUUCCUGGAGUCUGUGAGGGACACCGGACGAGACAAAGUGGAGUGUGUCCACAACUACCCGUCCCUCUCCCAGUCUGGCUUUGACUGGCGCCUGGCCUCCCGCCUGCUCUACCACACGGUGGGCUUCCUCCUCCCCUCUGCCGUGCUACUCUUCUGCAACUCCUGCAUCCUGCUGCGGCUGCAGCGCGGCUCCCAGGGCCUCCAGAAGCAGAGGGCCGUCCGGGUCAUCCUGGCCCUGGUGCUGGUCUUCUUCCUCUGUUGGACGCCCUACAACAUCACCCUCAUGGUGGACACCUUUCAGGGGAGGCCUGGGGAGUCUGAUUCUGAGUCCUGUGAAAACGGGAGGAAAGCUCUGGAGAACAUUCUGGUGGUCACGUUCGCUCUAGCCUGCCUGCACGCUUGCCUCAACCCAGUGCUCCAUCUCGGCCUGUGUAGAAACUUCCGGCGACGCGUGCUGGAUAUGGUGAGGUGUGUUGAGAGGGUGCAGGACGAUCCGAAUCUCUCACUGUGGGACUCAGGUGUGGUUGAAGACUCACCUGACCAAGCAGAAGAGAAGGGGACAUUGAACCCAAUGACCCCCAUGGGACAGGUACAGUCCACCCAGAGCUGAUGGGUAGGAAGAGGAUCCUAAUGACUAAUACAGUAUGUCAUCCUGCCUUGAGGGGAAGUUGAUGUAUGGGUCAUGGGUUUGGGUCUGGGGAUUGGUGGAUGACCGUAACCUGUGUCAUGAGAGAAAGACAAGCGUAGUAGAAAGCCCCUUAUGAGGACUGCUUUCUUUGAAUUGCACUUUAAUGGAAAGCACUCAGGCUAAAUGUAUAUUUCUAUAUUUUUAUAAAGUCAGCUGGUUGUCUGAUCGUCACGUUUUGUUUUACCUAUCGAUGUCGUCAGGCUCUGUAGAAUCUGUUGGAAUGAAUCAUGCAUUAAUUAUUCAAACCUACAUCUAUUGUAUUACUAUUUGUACAGAGCACUUCACUGAAUGUAAUGGAUUUAAGAGGAAACCUGGUUCUCAGCAGACACAUACAUCAUACAUUUAGAUUAUUACACUCCCCUACAUAUUUAUUUGGAAAGUGAAGCUAAAACGUUUUAUUUGGCUCUAUACUCCGGCAUUUUGGAUUUGAGAUGAAAUGCUUUAUAU